AGGAAGAGGAGGAGGAGGAGGAGGAAGAGGAGGACGACGCCGCGGAGGAGGAAGAGGAAGAAGAGGACGAGGAGAGGAAAGAAAGCGGAACAGGAACAGGAAGAGGAACGAAACGAGGAAUAGGAAGCGGGGGAGCAUCCGACAGAGACGCGAAAUCCGACGAAAACAUGACGCAACAGAGCGGAGCUGGGUCGCCCCAGCAAUUUUGCCUGAGGUGGAACAACUAUCAGACGAACCUGACGAACGUGUUCGAUCAGCUCCUGCAGAGCGAAAGCUUCGUCGACGUCACUCUGGCCUGCGACGGGCACAGCGUGAAAGCGCACAAGAUGGUGCUGUCCGCGUGCAGCCCGUACUUCCAGGCCCUGUUCUUCGACAAUCCCUGCCAGCACCCGAUCGUGAUCAUGAAGGACAUCAAGUGGCCGGAGUUGAAGGCCGCCGUCGAGUUCAUGUACAAGGGCGAGAUCAACGUGUCGCAAGAGCAGAUCGGCCCACUGCUAAAGGUCGCGGAGAGCCUCAAGAUCCGCGGCCUGGCGGACGUCAACAGCGAACAGGAGCUGACCUCCAGGCCGAGCCUGGAGGAGGCGGCGAACGCGGCCGCGAUGCACAGGAAGAAGCGGUGCCGAAUAUCGGGGGAGCGAUCGCCACCGGGCAGCAGCCCCGAUCGGGUAGCUUCCGGUAGCCUGCCGGACGAUCAGGACCCCAACUCUGGCGCUGGCGUGAUCGUGCCUGACAUUCACGGCAUGCUGACCAGCAGCUCCACUCCGAGAUCUCUCGGAUCACCCGGCACUCCCAACGUCUCCGUUACCCCGCAGAUCAACCUUCAGGAACUUCCGGUAUCGCUGCCGUUGCCGCCGCCCCCGCCACCGCCCCCUCAGGGACAGCAGGGUUCGCACUCCGUGGCCGCUCACCAUGUGCCCGGCCACGUGACUUCCGGUACCCACGCCUCCGUCAACCACCUGACCGCACACGGACAACAGCUCUCCGUUCAGCAGCAGCAACAGCAGCAACAGCAACAGCAGCAGCAUCACCAGCAAGGCGGCCCCGGACAGCCGACACCCGGAGACGAUCUGGAGAUCAAGCCCGGCAUCGCCGAGAUGAUACGCGAGGAGGAAAGGGCCACUGGUUCGAGAGAGUCGAGCGUGUCCCCUGUCGCGUCGAGAGACGCACGGGACGGACAGUCGGUUGGAUGCGGCGAGGGA